CAGAAGUGCGUGAAUCUCAUACAGUAAGAAUGACUCUUCACGCUUUGUGAAACGUUUGGUGGGCGAUACCACUCGGCCAAUGCCCGUCUUUAGCUUCGUGACAAAAAAAAAUAUCAUCGUAAUCGUUAGAUUUAAAAAAACAUUUGCUUACAAGCACAUUUAAUAUGGAAAUUUGUUAGAUUUAAAAUUGUUGAUUAAAAAAUUAUGUACAUACAUAUGACGAAUUUUUUUUAGCGUUAUUAAUUAUGUUGUAACUCGCCUGAGCUAAAGCAAAAUGGCUUUGUUUGAAGACACCUUCAUUGUAUUUGUAACUCAGGUUUUAUUUUUUGCUGGUGGUUGGGUUUUUUUCAUGAAGCAAUUGUUCCGAGAUUAUGAGGUUCAUCAUGUAUUUGUACAACUUAUGUUCUCCAUUACAUUUUCUCUUUCCUGUACGAUGUUCGAGUUAAUCAUAUUUGAAAUUCUUGAUGUUUUACAUUCCAGUUCUAGGUAUGUUCAUUGGAAACUAGGAUUAUAUGCUAUACUUUUUAUGUUGAUCGUCGUGUUGCCUUUUUAUAUUGGCUACUUUGUUUUAAGUAAUAUUAGAUUUGUGCAGAAAAAGUUGAUAAAACCACUGACAGUGGUUUCAUGGCUGGUAUUUAUGUAUUUGUUCUGGAAAAUUGGAGAUCCAUUUCCUAUUUUAAGUCCCAAGCAUGGUAUAUUAUCCAUUGAGCAAGGCAUUAGCAGAAUAGGAGUCAUUGGUGUGACAUUGAUGGCCUUGUUGUCUGGAUUUGGUGCUGUUAAUUACCCAUAUACUUCAAUGGCAUAUUUUAUGAGGAAUGUUUCACCGUCAGAUAUUCAGUCUCAAGAGAAAAAAGUCAUGCAGACUUUAGAUAUGAUAAUUGUAAAGAAAAAGAGGUUAGCUUUACAUGAAAGGGAAAAGCAACAACAGUCAACUUUGUCUCAUGCCACAUCUGGGAUUUGGAGUAUGCUUAAAAGUGUUACCACAUCCUCCAGCAGCUCUGUUGAAAAUAUUAGUCAGCUAAAGCAAGAUAUCCGAGCUUUAGAAGAGUUGAGUAGACAACUCUUUCUGGAAGCAGUUGAUAUUCAUAACAUGCAGGAAAGAAUUGAAUGGUCCAAAACACUGAAGGGAAAAUAUUUUAAUUGCUUAGGAUACUUUUUCUCCUUGUAUUGCAUGUGGAAAAUUUUUAUUUGCACUUUCAAUAUUCUAUUUGACAGAGUUGGAAAAGUAGACCCUGUCACCAGAGGAAUUGAAAUCUCUGUUAACUACAUGAAUAUUAAUUUUGAUGUGAAAUUUUGGUCACAAUAUAUAUCAUUUAUCUUAGUUGGAGUUAUAGUUGUGACUUCAAUCAGGGGCUUGCUUAUCACUUUAACAAAGUUCUUCUAUGCCAUAUCUAGUAGCAAGUCUUCAAAUAUUAUUGUGUUGGCUUUGGCUCAAAUAAUGGGAAUGUAUUUUGUUUCCUCUGUACUGUUAAUUCGAAUGAAUAUGCCAUCUGAAUACAGAUCAAUUGUUUCUGAGGUAUUAGGAGAUUUACAAUUCAAUUUCUAUCAUCGAUGGUUUGAUGUAAUAUUUUUAGUUAGUGCUCUCUCAAGUAUUGGAUUUUUAUAUAUUGCUCAUAAACAAUUACCAGAAGCGGAUAAUCUAUAAAAAAAUUCCAAUUUCGUUUUGUUACUUUUUUAUCAUUAUUUAUUUUAAUUAUUAUUUAUUGUUGGACAUCAUUGUACUUCUUCGUUAAAAAUAAAAAAUUAUUUAAUUA